AUAACCUUUCGUGGAUGCAGGGUCUCUUCCACUUGCUUUUCGUUCUUUCUUGAUUUCUUUCAAAACUGGCCUCUUUCACGUCAUUUUCAGUCUCUUUUCGCGACAUUUCAUGAGUGUUGGAUCGCCACCGGCCUAUCUUCUGUGGGCCAUCCUGGCUUGUACCUUUCAAGCUUUCAUGACUCUUCACUUGUGGUCCUACGAUAGGUUUCAAUGUUUGAAAUGGUCUUCUGGUCGACAGCCUGGCGCUUUCAAACGGGUCAUGACAUACUCCUACAUCGCUACCGUGCCUCUCCUUGUGGUGUUCAGUGUUGCAUUGACGAUCCUGAAAUUCCGGGAAGGAUAUAUGACAAUACUGGAUACUGUGUUACCUCGGCCACUCACUGUCUGGAGCCAGAACCAUCUCCGAUGGGUCCUCCCACUCUACUUCAUCCUGAGCUUUGCCUGGGCUUUCGAGCUCGUCACUCAUCUUGAAGAAUUAACCUUCUGGCUCUUUCUCCUUCAUCAAGGUCCCAGCAAGCGCAAUUGGUUUCAUAGCUGGGAAUUCCGCUUGUGGUAUCUCGGGAGUAUGAUAGCUAUUAUCGGAAUGCCCCUCGCCGCCCUUGUACAGAGGAAUGACUUGGAUUCUUGCAUGGCCUGGAUUUUUCUCAGUGGAUCUUCUGCAGGGUCCUUGACGACAUUAUGUUUUGUCUACGUUCUUGCUCGUUUCCCGGCUUUUAUUCGUCAUGUAAAACUUGAAGGUGCUGAGCCAGACGUCGUCAUCAGAUUGGCCACCUUUUAUUAUCUGAAUAUCAUUCGGGUCAUUUUCCGCUUCUUGUUCAAUAUCCCUCUUCUUGUCGUAGGCGCUGAUGGUAUCGCCGGGCCAUAUCCGGUCCUCAGCAGUCCAUUUUGGCCAGACUUCUUGAUCAUGAUUGGAGGAAUUGGAUGCUUCGUUUCUUCCGCGAUCACACUACUGAUAUUCUUCCCCCGAUCUAUUACCCGCGAAUCUGGUUACAUGUCUAAGAAUAUUUCACCACCACUGCCACAAGCAGCACCUCUAUUCACCAUGCCCUCCGGCUCAUUACCUCGUUAUCAGUUUCAAGAUCCAUCAUCUCCCAAAGUCGGGGAUGAUGCUUACCCCCAAAUCUACAACUUUCCCAAUGACACCCAACACUCACUGUACUGCCCGCAUCUACCACCACAUCACCAUCAUCGACAGUUUUCAGAAGACAUAGACGUGACGUCGCCCGACUCUGACAUUGACCACGAACCUGAUACAUCCGAAUACCACAGAGGCGAAGAGCGCUCGGACGUGACGUGGGACUUGCGUCCGGGUACAUCGCAGAGCAGCAAAGCACGUAUGCAGCCCAUGGCAGCGACUUCUCUGGAAGAGGAGGCUUCGACGAGUGCCCCCGGGCAAGCCGUCCAUCCAUACAUCAUGACAUUCACGUCCCCAAUCGACUUAUUGGACCCAGAAGCAGAUGAAUAUCUAGCACGUCCAAUAUAAUUCUUAUUCUCAUCGUUUACAUCUGUUUUCCAUUUGAUGUCCCUAAGGUCUGUAUCUUUUAACCUCGCUUUAUAUCCUGCUGUGUCGAAUACGCUAUAUAUACCCUACCCGAUCACACCUACUAUCUUUUUUGUACUCCUAACUUGUCUCCUACGCUUUGAUAUCUUCGUUCUGUACAUAAAACACUCAGGGUAGGACUCGCUUUUGCUUUAUGAUCCAACUAGCACAUAGUAACUGUAACCAUAAACUGUCCAAAAUCCGAAUUCAUGGAACUGCC